CGUUCCCUUUAUAUGACACCGUGAAAUCAACAAAGGCGGAAGUAAAUACAAACGGGAAAAUGUCUACGCCACACGAAGAAUAUCAGCAGGAUGAAGGGUACAUCGAAUGUUCGGCAGCAAAUUCAAAUACACAAGAGGAAAUUUUCGUUAUUUCUAGAGACCGUGAUUCAGAUCAGCAUGCUGAUGUUGGCUGUAGACGUGGAUAUAUAACGUCCCUUCGGUCGGACUACGCAGAAGUAGUAUCAAUCAGCACGACUCAGAGUGACAACGUAGACACAAGAAUACAAAGAAGCCUGGAUGUUUGUGAUAUCCCAGAUCAUAACGAGGAGGUGUAUGACAUUAUUAGGGAGGAUCAUUAUGACUUCAUUCCAGCGGAUUACCCUUUUCAUCCUUCAGACGUGCCACUGGAUUGCGAUAUUAAUCAUCCACUUCUGCAGGACCCUCACCCAUGUAGAGAACACAAUGCCGACACCUUUCCACAGAAAUUUGUCCACUGGAAAAAGGUGCUCCUUGUGGUGAUCGUAGUGGUGGCAGCGUUGUCGAUUGCGCUUGGAAUCGGCUCAAUGUACAUCGCUAAGGACAACAAGUCUGAUGGCGUCCACCCCUACAAGGAGAGUUACAACACUUCAACAGACGAGCCACAUCUCUCCUUAAUAUCGACACACUCUUCCACUAUCCAACGAGAAACAUCCACCGAGGAUUCAUACACAACGUCUGAUUACAUAACCAGUACAUCAUCAAAACCAGCACUUCGACCUUUCGACUGUUGGGAGAUGUUCCAGAAUGGAGUGAAUACUUCCGGAAUUUAUCAGAUUUAUCCAUUGGGAAAAGACAAAAAAUCCAAAGAUGUCCUGUGUAACAUGGAAAUAUCGCCCGGUGGAUGGACAGUAUUCCAGCAGCGAUAUCUCCUUGACGUUGACUUCAACAGGAACUGGAGUGAUUAUAAGAAUGGCUUCGGAUAUCUUCAUGGAGAUUUUUGGCUCGGAAAUGAGUACCUACAUCUAUUGACGUCAAGUUCAGCGUAUAUUACGACAAUGUACCUUGGGGUUUCGAACAACGCCGGGAAAUACUGGUAUGAAAGUUUUGAUGACGUUCGAUUUGCUGCAGAGGAUGACGGGUACAGGAUUUAUCUGAGAGGACAAGCGAAUGGGACCGCUGGCGAUUGCAGCACCAGGCACACUACUGUCGGGAAGGUAGGACGUAUGGACGACCAGAAAUUCAGCACAUUUGACCGUGAUAACGACCUCAGACCUUGGCAGAACUGCGCAACUUCUAGAGGCGGAGGAUGGUGGUUCAACAAUUGUCAGUUCGUAUUUCUGAAUGGACCAAGCGGAAUGGAUGGUGAUUAUGUGUACUGUGGUUAUUUUGACAUGAAGAUGAAAACAUUUAAUUCGUCAGUCAUGAUGCUUACCAGAGGGCCGAUUAAUUAAGUACAAUAAUAAUGUUAACUUGUUUCAGAAGCGUUUCGGCACCAAACCAUUUCAUGGAAAGUUCUUCAAUAGCGUGUCCUGAAUAUUGCACUUUAAAAUGAAAUGGAUUAUCUACUUACAAUGUACGUUGCUUAAAGGUUUUGUUCACUGUGAAUAUAAGCCGAAUUGUGUUUAAAAUAUCGAACUUGGGGGAGAAUUUGCACACCAAAUGAGUGCCAUUAUUCAUCAAUAUACAUGCAAGUUCAAUAUCUUCUUGAUUAUUAACGUAAAUAAUGUUUCAGUUUUUUAUAUAGAUUGAUAGUUUGUUUUUCACUCAAUGAGACAUCUCCAUCUGAAGGUGAAGUACCACAAAUAUAGAUAUAUGCUUAACAUUCAGCUCAGGACCGUAGCUGUGAGGGUUAUUUAUCAUGCCAACGCAUGCCUCCAUUUUAAAAGUCAUAUCCGAAAGACUCGUGAUUCUCACAUCUAAAUGCCGAGCGUUUGGCGAAGGACCAAUCACUACCUAUCUUUAACUUCUUAGCGGGGCUCGAAUUCACGACCUCCCGGUUACAAAGUUGUCCAUUUUCCCGUCAGCUUAAAAACUGAAGUACUGGUAUGAAUGCGUGCAAUCAAUGUCGUGAAGUCUAAUGCAUGUAAUGCUCUAGAAUUUACGAAUAUCGUAUUCCUGAAAAUUAUUAGUUAUAUAAUAAUGCUAAGCUGAUUGAACUUGCUUUAGCACGUGUUGGGUUCAAAAGGGAAAAAAAAACAUUAAUCGUAUUUUCAUCAAUAUAAGUCCAAUAACUCCUUUAUUCUAUUUCGAUUGUUUUGUGUUUUUAAUUUAAUCAUUUUCUUGACAGGUUUGGAAAAUUUGACAACAUUAGCACUAAACUGAAUGCAUGUUAUAUCAGUGUUGUGUAAAUUUCCAUGGAUGUUUUUAUUUCUGUAUAUACUAUAAGAAAUACGUUGUAUCUAAUACAAUGUAGCUAAAAAAAAAUAUGGAUUGUACUGCGAGCUCUAAUGACUAAAGCGUGCGAAAAUUGAAUGCUAUGAUUAAAACCGUCUGCACUUUCGUUAUCGCAACCAUUUUACCGGUGCAACUAAUUACACAAAAAGGAAUAAAAGAUCCAUAACGAUUUAGGGAUUCAAAUACUGAUUUUUAUCAAUAUCAAUUUAUUAUCGUACAUUAUGCUAAUAACAAAUCUUUAUGUCUUAUUAUUUCUAUUCUGGUCGAAACCACAUCAACACAGGCGUUUGAUGAUUUAUAACAAUGAAGUCAAUUUGGGUAGAUAGUUGUACUGGUGAAAAUAAGUGAAAAUACAGACGGCAUUACAAUUUUAGUCACUAUGAGCUGUUAUGAACUUCAGCUUAUGAAUUGGGGUAAGAAAUUUGACUUAGAAGCGAUAUCUAGUGCUGCACAUUCUAUGUAAUUGCUUGUUGCAAUGCUCAAACACCCUGUUUAGUCGUAUAAUGCCAGGGCCCAGCUGAAAGUCGAACAAAAAAUAAUAGGCAUUUUUCCGAACUAAUUUCUGCAUAUCUUAUAGUUAUACAUAACUUCGGGAUGAACUUUAGUAGUAAUGUAGAUUGAUUAUGUAUGAAUAUAUUAGAAUUCAGAGUCGAAUUAUGUACCAUUUUAUUUAUUGCUUUUAGAGAAGCGAACUUGGGUACCGUAUAUUUAGAGUUAUAUACCUUUACUCUAUAAUAGUAAAUUCGAACCCGAGUGAUGUAAUUGCCUGUGACUAAAUGUGGUAUGAGCUGUUAUAUGUCCCCUGUUUAUGUCGGAAUAUGAACUUGAAAACAUAUGCUAUUUCUAUAUACCAAUGAAUAAAAGAGGACUGAUUCUACC